AUGGCUUAUGUUGCCUUAACUUCUCUGAUGGCCACACUUGAGCUCCAGUUUCUGCAACCCAUCCAAAGGCUGUCUCUUCAUCAUCAUCAACCACCAAUCAAAUCUUUCUUUCAAAACCUUUCUUCUUUGCGAGAAUUUCUAGACAUAUUCCAAUUUCGUAGUGCACCCAGAGAUUUGGAAACCAAAAUCAGAGACUUUUCACUUGAGGCUGAAGACAACAUUGAAACACAACUAAGCAACUUUCUUCUACUGUCCAAACACACAGCCCAUCAAGAAGAAGCUUCCCAAAUACUCUGUCGAAUCUUGCAAGAAGCAGCACAAAACGCAGCAGAGUUGUUGAAGAUUACCAAUAUAGAAAAAGAUGGAGAGACACAGAGAAAGAUAACUUGUGAUGCUUUCACUUCUCUCAUAAGGGAGAUUCGGGUUGAAUUUGUGGUCCAGCCUGCGCUUCAUGUUCCAGCAUCACUGAUCGAAUCUCUCAUAGAAAACAUUUCUUCUUUGCGAGAAUUUGUAGAGAUAUCAAAUUUUCACGGUGCUGCAAUCAAAGAUUUGGCAACCGAAAUCAGAGACUUUGCAUUCAAAGCAAAAGAGGAUAUGGAAAAACAAUCAUGGGAAGUUCGUUAUUCCAGAUUCACAGAUAAACAUAAAAAACUUUCCAACAAACUCCUCCAAACCUUGCAAGAAGUAGCAGAAAACACAGGAGAGCUAUUGGACAGAAUCAGCAACACAUGCAACGAAGCCGAUGAGGCCAAUGAAACACAACAACCUAUUCCUUGGUUAAAACAUAAUUCAUCCCAGUCUGUGAAUGUUAAGGGAGGAGAUAAUGGAUCAUCCUCGAGGUGCUCUCCAAGGCUUGAGGACAGAAUGGUUGGUCGUCAAAAUGAUGUUACUACAAUAAAGGAUCAACUCUUCAGUGGCUUUGGGGGUCUAAAAGUAAUCCCGAUUAUUGGGAUGCUGGGCAUAGGAAAGACUACUUUAGCUCGAAGAAUUUUUGAAGAUCAACUAGUUCAACUGCAUUUCGAUGUAAAAAUCUGGUUUACUAUGCCCCAGAAAUACAAUAAGAUCCAAAUACUACGCCACCUCCUUCAGUCAAUCGCACUUGCAGAAAAACAUGAAAUUAAAGAGGGAAGAACUCUAGUAGAGAUGAUGCAGGAAUGCUUGAUAGACAGGAGGUAUCUAAUUGUUUUAGAUGACAUAUGGAGCACUCAGCAUUGGGAUGAUAUCAAACAUGUUUUUCCUCGUUAUGUGGAAGGAAGUCGCAUAUUGCUGACCACUCGGUUCAAUGAAGUGGCUGAUUAUGCUUGCACAUUCAAAAGUAAUCAUCAUGUUAUGAGUUUACUAGAUCCAAAUGAAAGUUGGGAACUAUUCUGUAAUAUCUUUCCGCUUGAAAGGUAUAGGGCACCAAGAUUUGAAAGCUUUAGGAGUCAUAUGUCCAAUGUUGUGGAGAAAUGUGAAGGACUGCCACAGCGUAGUGAAAUCGAAGUCAAAACGCUUCUUAGGUUAUGGGUUGCAGAAGGAUUUGUGAAGCCAUCAAGGAAUAAGGAGUUAGAAAAGAUUGCUUAUUGUUACUUAAACGUUGAUAGAAGUCUCAACGAUGUAGUGUCAACUAAUCUGAAUUUACAGACUCUUGUUGUUUGCGGAAGUGACAGUGAAUCACAACUUGGAGUACCUACUCUCCAUUUGCCAUCAAAAAUUUGGGAGUCACCACAAUUAAGGCAUCUUGAACUUGGUGCUUUGUGUACUGUUGAUCCUCCCAGUGUGGUAAAGAAGAAUUUGCAAACAUUAUCUUGGGUACGUCCAACUCAUUGCAGAAAGAAAGUGUAUUCCAAUUUUCCAAACAUAAAAAAACUAAAGAUGUUCUGUAAAGAAGACUUAGAGCCCAGUACUCACAUUGGUGGAUCUUUCAGCAAACACAUCAUUUUGGAUAACUUGGACUAUUUAGCACGAAUUAAGAGUCUAACGAUUUCAGUUUCUUCUGUUGGGUGCAUUGUAACAUUUCCUGAACGGUGUAUGUUUCCUGCGCAACUGAAGAAAUUGAGUUUGAGUGGGACUAAUCUUUCUGGGUGGGAUUUAACUGUAAUUGGCUCAUUGAAACGUCUUGAGAUGCUGAAGCUGGAAAAUGCUUUCCAUGAACAAGUGUGGAGAGUAGUUGAAGGAGGAUUUUAUGGAUUAAAGUAUUUGGUCCUUAAAGAUAAAAAACUCAAGAGGUUGGAGGCUUGCACAGAUGCUUUCCCAUGUCUCGAAUACCUAGUUCUAAGAUGUUGUCAUUAUUUGGAAGAGAUUCCAAGCAGUUUUGGAGAAAUUUUCUUCUUCAAGUCAAUUGAGUUGGAUAGGUGCAGCCGCCCUUCCAUUGUCACUUCUGCCAAGGAUAUUCAAGAGAAGCUAAAUAAGAAUUUUGGAAAAGAAAAUUUUGAGAUUAAAAUUGAUGAAUGA